CAUUUCCUGCUUCAUCAUUCUCUCACACUCUCUCUCCCUCUUUCUCUCUCACACACAUUCAUGGGGAACUACAUGUCCUGCUCCCCAAUUCCAUUUAUUUCAUCAUCAAGAGGUGUCAGGGUUCUAAGUGCCGAUGGAAGGGUGGAGGUGUAUGGGAAGCCUGUGAAAGCUGCUGAGCUGAUGCUGCGAAACCCAUAUCAUUUCAUCUGUGAUGCCCGUCGCUUACACGCCGGUCGCCGGAUUCCGGCAGUGGAAGCAGACCAAGAACUGAAGAAGCAGAGGCUCUACUUCCUACUGCCCGUUGAAUUGCUCUACGCUGUCAUGUCCCGCAGAGAGAUAGAGUCUCUGUCACUCAAGGCCUCUCCAGCCAAGAAGCAGAUGUUCUCUAACAAUAUUGGGAGGAUUUUUCCGUUGCUGGGUGAACUGUGCAGCUUCCCUUCUCAAUACAAAUCAAAGAGCGAAGAAACCAACACGGGGCUCAGCAGGGAGAGGUCUCCUCUGCAAUGGAGACCUUCCCUUGGUACCAUCGUUGAGAGCCCACAGAAACCAUGACCACAUCUUCAUCGUCAUCGAAAUCGAGUUGGUGGGCAUGUCCUGAUUCACUAAUCCAUGGUGUCUAGUGUAUGUUGGGAAACUUUUCAUUCAGGUUGAAAGAAAAUGCAGUUCGAUCCCAUUCUCUUCCCUUGUUCUUCACGCGAGGUUUUACUGUUCAUCUUUCUCCAUGUCGACUCAUGAAAGUGAAAUUAUGUCUGAUUUGAUUUC